CAUCAUCAGCAGCAGAUUAUCAGUCGACAUGUCUGUAGUAUUUCGUGUUAGUUUCUUCGGAUAUUCAAAAGUAUAGUAGUUUUUUUGAUACUAUUUCUACUAACUAAUCGGUCCACUGCGGCUGACAGAAAGCUAAUAAAAUGCAUGGUGAUCGUUCGUAGUGUAUACCUGGUUAAUAGCGGUGCAAGAGACAAAAAUAUGGUGGGUUAUUGAGGAGAGUGAAUUUUCAUACUAUUUUAGUGCAGUCAGGCUUUUGGUGUUUUAGGAAACUAUUCAUACAGUAGUAGGAAAGCGAAUUAUUGUGCUAAAAAUAGUGUUAACAGGAACCAAGCCGUACAUUGCAACUAGUGUAAAGAGUGGUUUUUUACCGUGAUUUGAUUGUCGUCCGGAACAGCUGAGAAGAGCUGCAGCCUCGAAAAAAGAGCGAGUCUUUUAUUUGGGUGGCAUACGCACUGCGGAGGCAGAAGUGAAAAAAACUAGUGAACAUAGAAAACUUCUGCCCUGAAGGUCUGGAUAUUAGGUGCAAAAGUUUACUGUGUGAACACAAUUAAAAAGGAGCCCCGUACAUCUUAAAUUCCGUAUUUGGGAUUAGAAGAAAAUGGAUGAGCUAUCAGAGGCAGAGUUGCGAUACUACAAUGACCUGUUCAAGAUUUGCAGUGAGUCUUCGGACGGUAGUGGCAAGAUUCCUGCAUUGAAAGCAACGUCGCUCUUCCGUUCCGCUAAUCUUUCCAACGAAGUUAUCAAUAAGAUAACUUCGCUAGUCGGAAUUCCACAAACUGCCCUGCACCUAUCUCGACAGCAGUUUUACGGAUGUCUGAAGCUGAUAGCGGCCUACCAAGCAUCGGUGCCCCUGCGUGAGGAAAUUUUAACAUCCACGUUGACUCUUCCACUGCCGCAGUUUAGCUGGAUAGAGUCCCCGACGGCACUUCCACCACCGUCAGGGAGUUCAUCUGGAGGUGCAGGCAUCACCAGUUCCAGCAGUGCCAUAUCAGAACGCAACGGGUACGGAAGCCGAUCGACGGACUACAAGGUUAUGAAGAUUGGCAGAGAUCUCAUCGAACUGACUACUACUAGCAGUAGCAGUAGUCGCGAGAGGGUGGAUAACGUGUCGAACAGUGGUGAUAUGACUAAUUCAGAUCAACCCAGUACGGACUCGGAGGUAGAUCACAACGAAGAAUCUAUGCUGCGUUCUGUCGAACGACACCAUGUGAUAAAAGUGAAAGGCCAUGGAACAGGUAGACUGGUAGGUGGAGGAGUCGGAGGAAACAGCAGUGGUGUCGGUGGAUCGCCAGAAGCUUGGAGUACUGCCAGUGAUAGUCCUACGCCAACCAACAGUGUUGCAGAGCGUCCCUGGGCAAAUCAAGCCCUCUGGCAAGGGUUAGUGUGUGAGGAACAGAGGCAGCUACUUGGCACAGAAGAAGAGUCAUCCGAUAAGCAUAGCAGUGACGAUGAUCAGGAAGCUGAUUUGGAAUAUUUUUAUCAGAUUUCACAAACGCAAAAAGAGUAUUACCUGAAACAAUUUCGGUCCAUACAGUCUGAUGUUCAUGGUUUAGUCAGCGGACAAGUGGCCAGGGUAUUUUUUGAAAAAUCUCGUAUUCCAAUUGAGGAACUCCGUCAUAUUUGGCAAAUGUGCGAUGUUACGCGCGAUGGAGCUCUUAAUCUGGCCGAGUUCACUGCUGCCAUGCAUCUAGUAGUUUUGCGACGGAACAACAUUCCUGUCCCUGCAACACUUCCUGCUUGUUUGAUGCCGAAUUUACUGCAAAGCUCGCUGUUACCUGGUGCGAACAGCGGCCUACAAAACCAGCACAGUGGUGGGUCGGCGGGAGGUGCUAGUGCUGGCAGCGCUGGAACUGGGACAGAAUCCAUCAACAGCACCCGUGAGCGAACCGGUCCAGAGGAAGCUGAUUUACUACAUCUAGAAAGUGAUGAUAAUACAGAUAACGGCAGCCAGGUAACCGUCGACAAGAAAGAGUACCAGCGUAUUCUGUCGCAUCAAGAACCACUCAAACUGAAUCAUCAACUGCCAUCGGCCAGUAGUACGGCUACGGUAACACUGGUAUCGGUUGGUAGCACCGAUAGCCCCCCAGCGAUCUCAUCCACAACAAACAGCUCGAAAUUAAUAAACACGGUUAGCGGAAGAAAAACUCCAACGAAUCUGGCAUCGCCUCCUCAUCAUCCGCAGAAAGCAAAGCACUCGAACGAACAACCGGUAACGCCGCCAAAUAAUUUAAAUAAGGAAUGGAACGCAUCCAGUAAAGAAUGGACCAAAUUCACAGAAUCUCCUACAUCCAAUGUCUCUAGUCCCGGACCGAAGCCGGUCAACUUUGAUAUGCAGCGUACGACGCAGGCAAUAGUUUCUGAUCCUCAAAUUUUGCAUCCAGUACCACUGAGAGUUACACCUGUUGGUGCAGAAGCGGCUGACAAUAGCAAUCUAGUCUACAGCGAUGUGACAGUUGGAACCGGUGGUAUCUUGAUCGUUCAGCGGGACGAUUCUAGUCCGAAACAGCUAGCGCAACAAUUACCACAACCGGUCUCCAAUCAACGUGAUUCGCUGACUAGUGGUGAUCUUCGUGCUAUACAGAGACCUCAACCGAAGAAGCCUCCAUCGAAGGGAGUCGGCGCCAUUCCGCCUCCUCCACAACGGGAACCAAGUAUAACAUCUUCCAGCGGUUCGGCAGGAACAGCAGAUUCAAUGGCUACAUCGCUGGAUACGGCCACUUUUAAUAGUGUCAUUAACAAUAUCACUGGACAGGCACCUGUGAGCACCCUCGCAAAUAGUGCCAGUAAGAAGGAUCAACCUCCACCACCAUUACCACCACCACGACCAGUCCAACACCGCCACACAAGAAGCAGCAGCUUGGAUUUGAACAAGUUUAAACUAAAUACAGCCAGCGGAGCUAGUGCUGGGCUAUCAAAGCAGCUAGACGACCAAUUGCGAAUGCCACCUCCACCGGAGGUUCCACCACGCGUCACGCCAACGUCUGAACAAUCUCCGGCACCUGGGUUUGCCGAUUUCGCGCAUUUUCCCAAUACACCGGUGGCGGGUGGUUCUCAUAUGGUAUCCGCCGAGAACAACAUUACCACGAUCCUGUUAGAUGCCAGUGGAAAUAUGACAACCGCCACACAUCACACGACGGGUGUCCGCGGGAACGUCACCGGUUCACUGAUCACCGGUCCACCCUCGCUCCAAACGGUAUCUCGCAAUAGCGCCUUCGAGGUGUACCGUAAACCACAGCAACAGCAUUCACGAGGAUCUCAAUCACCACCACAUCCCCCACCUCCGCUGGUAUCGUCGCGCAGUGUAGAAUCGUCCUCGCUUGAGUACGAAAAACGUAUCUCGACACUAACCGACAACCUGCGCCAGGUGCGCUUCAAAGGUACCGAAUCAGCCAAUGGUUCCGAUGUGCUGAAGCAUCUGAAGGAACAGAAUAUGCUUCUGCUGCGGAUAUGUAGUGAUUUAAGCGAGGAAUUGCUUCAGAUUCAACAGAAACGGGAGGAUAUAAAAAUUAAAAUUGAUCUGCAAGAACAAAACUUAGGUGCGAGUGCCGUGAUUGUUACCGGUGGCGGGCAGCCCGGAGCCGUCAUUGGACUUCAGAAUCACAUUGCAUGAGAUCAUGAUAUAUAAUUGUUGACUUUUGAGCAUAAGCCGAAUGUGAAAGAUUGAUGUGCUAUCAUGUGAAUUGUCCUCGAUACGAACAUGCAGCUGCAAAUAUAGCCUUUCCCUAUUGAUAAACUUUCCCCGCUUAGUAGAGAAUCAACAAAACAAAAUAACCAUUUUAAGCAUUGUUAGCGAUCUUAUAUAAUAGUAACCUUUCGUGAGUUUUUAAAACUGAUCAACGCAAGGAGUUUAACGCAAAAUUUCAAUCAUCUAUCGAUGGAAACAGAACAGAUCCGUUGAUAACUUGUUUUACUUUGUGAAAAUAAUUGUUUUCUAUCUAAUUAUUUUAAGGAGCAAAAGGUAUAUUAAAUUUUAUGAUUACAUAUAUUACAUAGGUACUCAACCAACUGAUGAAAGUAAUAAAUCAGUGUGCUCGAAACUCCACAUUUUUGUCUGAUAUGGAACAACUUAUUGACCUAGUUGUACAACACGAAAAAUAUACACUUACACAUGCAGCUGAUAGUUUAGACUGUGUUGAUUGCUAAAAAUCGCAAACGGUUCGAUGAACGGAAAUGUUUCAAAUGUGUUGAUAGAGAGGUUGUUUAAUGAGCAUAACAAAGAACACAGAGAUACUUAUUUUUAUAAAGAUGUAUAAACUAUUUAAACCUAUUUUUAAAAUAAAAAACUACACUCAAACUUUUGAGUCAGUGCAAACAAAGUAUUAUGUUUAGGAACGAAUGAACGAGAAAUAUUCUAGUUCUAAAACGAACAACAAUAACAAAUAACCCGACGAAAGAGGAAAAAUCACAUUUUUUCACUCCGAUGAAAUGUGAUUAGGAAAGGAAACUAUCCAGAGCGAGCCGCCAAAUAUCAAUCAGAAGACGAACUAAUAAGAAGAAGAGAUUUGCGUACUAAUUAUCGGUUCUUAUCCUAUAGCUUUUCUCUUCUCUGCAAAUCUGAAAGAAAGAACUUUGACAGGUUUGGUUUAAUAAAUUCUGGACCGUAGAGCAGUCAGUAGUUUGAAAUAGUGUGAAGAAACGUUUAUUACUGGAUCGCCUGUCACCUUAAGCUGGUAAGAUGAAUGUAACAUGUCCUGUUUUCAAACGUUGUCAGAAAAUAUAUGAUAAGAAAAUUCGUGCAGGAA